AUGGCGAUUAUCGCGCAAGUGCUGGAGAACCCGCACCUGCUGCAGGGGUUGGCCGUCACCCUGCUGCUGGUCGUCGUCUCCAGCUUCUACCGAGAACUGGCUGAUGGCUUACCGUACCGGAAUAUCCCCAUCGUGGGGACGAGCGGAUGGAGGCUAUCCAACUCCAAGGCGAAGCAGCAGUUUGUCUCUUCGGCCAAGGAGAUCAUUGCAUCGGGAUUUGGCCAGGGCAAGCGCGUGUUUCAGAUGAUGUUUGAUCAUAUGCCGACGGUGGUCUUGCAUCCCCAGUUCGUCGACGAGGUGAAGAACCACCCGGAUCUGAACACCACCGAGGCCAUCAAAAAGAUGUUUUUUGGCGCCAAGAUCUCGGGUCUCGAGGCCUUUGAGGGCCUUGACAAGGAUGGCAUCCUGUUGGAAGUGAUCAGCAAGAAGCUGACCCAAACCCUCGGCCAACUUACGAUCCAUUUGUCCCAGGAGACGGCGACCGUGAUGAAGGAUUACCUCCCCGAGUCUGAAGAAUGGAAGUCGUUCACCUUCGCCCAGGAGAUCCCACACAUGGUGGCCCGUCUGUCCUCGCUCGUGUUCCUGGGCCAGAAACUCUGCCGGGACACCGAGUGGCUGGAUAUCUCGGUCAACUACACCAUCCACGGAUUCAUGGCCGCCCGCGACCUCCGGCUCUGGCCGUCCAUCCUGCGCCCCGUAGUCCAGUGGUUCCUCCCAUCGACCAAGAAAGUGCGCGGAGACGUGAGACGGGCCAAGGAGAUCAUCCAGAAGGAGGUCCGCACGAGAGAGCUGAUCCGACAGGGCAAGCUGGCCGAGGAGACCCCGCGCACCCACGCCGACUGCCUGGAUUGGAUCGACGAAGUCGCCGCCGGACGCCCGAUCGACGCGACGCUCGCACAGAUCGGCUUUUCCAUGGCCGCCAUCCACACGACAUCCAACCUGCUGACCAACGUCAUGUAUGACCUGACGGCCUACCCGGAGUUUAUCCAGCCGCUGCGGGAUGAGAUCCGGCAGAUCGUCAAGGAGGAUGGCGUCUUGAAGAAGACCAGUCUGACCAAGAUGAAACUGAUGGACAGCGUGAUGAAAGAGAGCCAGCGCGUGAACCCGGCCAGUAUCGUUCUGUUGAACCGUCUGGCCAUGAAGAGCGUCGUUCUCUCGGACGGCACCCACAUCCCCAAGGGAGCCAACGUAACCGUCUCGACCCACGUCAUGCACGACAACGAAGUGUACCCCAACGCGCAGACCUACGAUGGCUUCCGAUUCUACAAGAAGCGCCAGGUAGCAGGCAGCGAGCACCGGCAUCAAUUCGUGACGACGAGCCCCGAGCACUUCGGCUUCGGACACGGCAUGCACGCCUGCCCCGGACGGUUCUUCGCCUCGAACGAGAUCAAGAUCAUGCUGGCCCACCUGCUGAUGAAGUAUGACUGGAAGUUUGCCGAGGGACCGGAGCGUCCGGCGUCCAUCAUGCACGGCACGGAGGUGAUUUGCAAUCCCACGGUGAAGCUACUUUACAAGUCCCGACAGCCGGAGAUUGAUUUGGCUGCGUUUGGGGAGGGGUUGGUGGAGUGA